UCACAAUUAUCGUUUGCAAUAAAGCAAACACAGGAAGUGUGAAAACCACAGUGUUUUUCAUAAAUCAAUAUUCACAACGCACAAUUGACGUAAUGCAUUGUUAAACCGGUUAUUAUCAUCUUGUUUCAGUAAUCACGUUCAAGAUAUUAGUUGUAAACAACGGUGACCGGUUUCGGGCGAUCAUUAUCAAACAAUUCAGUAGUGAAACGUCUUUCGUGUUAGCGAUUAGUAGAGAUAACUCAAAUUCAUAAAAAAUCGUGAUAAAGUUAUCGCAGCUAGUGAAAUGUACAGUACGUUGUUGUAACGCUACUCAUCAACAUGUCUCUAGUGGCAGCUAUUGUGAUCAACCUUUUCUCAAUCGUGGUGUCCGUGGUGGUUGUUAUUAUCACGUACAUCAAAUGGAGACACCAGUAUUGGUCUAGACGGAGAAUUCCAUUUUUGGUACCGUCAAUCCCGUUCGGAAAUCUCCAAAACCCGGCGAAGAAACGAUACUCAAUUGGAUUCCACAUUAAGAACUUAUACGAUGAAGCCAAAAGGAAAGGUCUGAAGCACUGUGGACUCUAUUUCUUCGCAAGUCCUAUAUACUUAGUGGUCGAUUUGGACUAUUUGAAGAACAUUACAACCAAGGACUUCCAACAUUUCGUGGACCGUGGUAUGUACUACAACGAGAAGUCUGACCCUAUUAGUGCCCACCUGUUCGCCAUUGGUGGUUCCCGAUGGAAAAACCUUCGUACUAAACUCACUCCUACGUUCACGUCUGGUAAAAUGAAAAUGAUGUUCCCGACUUUAAUAGAAUGUGUGUCCCUUCUAAUGGAAGCUGUGGAAAGAGAACAAGUCCAAAUCGACGUCAAAGAACUUUUGGGGCGCUUCACCACUGAUAUUAUCGGUUCGUGCGCUUUCGGCCUCGAUUGUAAUUCGAUCAAAGAAGAAAACUCCCCUUUUCGCAUCUAUGGAAAGAAAGUCUUCACUUCUUCACGCAUGAGAACUUUGAAGAUGACCCUAGCAUCAAGUUUCCCGAACCUAGGGCGACUGUUCGGUGUGCGUCAAGUCUCAAGUGAAAUUUCAAACUUCUUCAGGAACAUUGUCAAGGAGACGAUUGAGUAUCGCGAAAAAAACAACUUUUCGCGACCUGACUUUAUGCAACUGUUAAUCGACUUGAAAAACGAAAACAAGGGCUAUUCUUUAAAUUUGGACGAAGUCGUAGCCCAAAGCUUCAUCUUCUUUCUGGCAGGAUUUGAAACCUCGUCCACCACAAUGACGUUCACGUUGUACGAACUGGCCAAAAACGAAGAAAUUCAAGAAACGUUGCGCAAAGAGAUCUUCAGGGUUUUGCAAAAGCAUGACGGCAAAAUCACUUACGAAGGGAUCAACGAAAUGAAGUACUUAAAUCAAGUGAUUGAUGAGAGUCUGCGAAAAUACCCUCCGGUACCUUUCGUUACGAGGACUUGCGUGAAGGACUACAAAAUACCUGAUGUGGAUGCGGUCAUCCAGAAGGGGCGACGCGUGAUAGUACCCAUUCUAGCUUUGCACUACGAUGAAGAGUACUACCCGGACCCUUACAAAUUCGAUCCUGAUCGCUUCAACGAGGAGAACAAACAAAUGAGAAAUCCAUAUGCGUACAUUCCGUUUGGUGAAGGUCCUCGAAUUUGCAUAGGUAUGCGGUUUGGUUUAAUGCAAACCAAGGUCGGUCUCGUCGCUCUAUUGCAAAAGUACAGGUUUAAAGUGAACCCAAGGACCAGCGAUCCUUUAAGAAUGUCGUCGAACUCCUUCAUACUAAGCGCAGAAGGGGGGAUUUGGCUCGAUUCCGAGAAACUCUGAAACAGACAUUGACUUAUUUAUUGCAUAAUGUGAUAUUUAUUUUAUUUUUUUAAUUAUUUGACGUAUUAUCAGCCUUUGGCUGAGUCCACCGGAAACAAUGAGAUUCCUCUAUA